GUGAUACGUUCACUAAAAAAAAAUCCUUUUGUAGACAAAAAUAUAUUAAAAAAAAUCUCUAAACUUAAUCAAAAAGCAGAAAAAGAAAUAAUUGUAACUUGGUCUCGUGCAUCUACCAUUAUACCUACAAUGAUUGGCCAUACGAUUGCCAUUCAUAAUGGCAAAGAGCAUUUGCCUGUUUAUAUAACAGAUCGUAUGGUAGGUCACAAAUUGGGCGAAUUUGUACCUACUUUAAAUUUCCGAGGACAUGCAAAAAGCGAUAAUAGAUCCCGUCGUUAA